CAUAUUCCCUCUCUUCACUAGCUUAAGCUCAGCACACAACGAGAUGUAGCGUAUGCGCAUUAUUAUCUUUUGUCAGGUCUCGUGCCACGCCCUCGCCGGCGCUGCAAAUCAUUCCAUUCCUUGCCUUUGUGGGUUGGAUUGGAACUGGACGAUGGCGUCCAUGGCUAGGGUUUCGCUUGGCCGCUUCCUUCUCCCUCUCUUUCCUCUCUCUACUCCUUCGUCUCGCUCCUUCGCUCCAUGCCCUUCCCUCUGUUACACUCAUCUUCUCUCUCGGGGUCCCGGAGCUCCCGCUUCCAUGAGCUCCUCCCCUCUGUGCGUCGCCGAUGAUCAGAUAACUCGCCGAUGGAAACCCAUGUGCCUUUACCACACCCAGGGCAGGUGCACCAUGAUGGGUGAUGCUUCGCACCUGGAGAAGUUUAAUCAUGAUUUCCUGGCAGAUCUUAAAGCAAAUAUUACGACCCUCAAUAAAUUGAAGCCUCAGAAUCUAGAUUAUCUUUUAGUUUUGGAUCUAGAGGGUAAAGUAGAGAUUCUUGAAUUUCCUGUUCUGAUGAUCAAUGCCAAGAGUAUGGAUUAUGUUGAUUCAUUUCACAGGUUUGUACGACCAACUAUGAUGAGCGAGCACAGGAUUAAUGAGUAUAUUGAAGGGAAGUAUGGGAAGUUGGGGGUCGAUAGAGUGUGGCAUGAUACUGCGAUCCCAUUUAAAGAUGUGCUUCAGGAAUUUGAAUUAUGGAUGCAGAGUCAUCAAUUAUGGGACAAGGAGCGACGAGGCUUACUUAAUCGAGCUGCAUUUGUAACUUGUGGAAAUUGGGACUUGAAAACAAAGAUUCCUGAGCAGUGCAAGAUUUUGAAGAUAAAGACACCUUCAUACUUUAUGGAAUGGAUCAAUUUGAAGGACGUUUACCUAAACUUUUAUAAGAGAAGGGCAACUGGUAUGAUGACAAUGCUAAGACAACUGGAGAUUCCAUCGUUGGGUAGCCAUCACCUUGGAAUUGAUGAUGCUAAGAAUAUAGCGAGAGUUCUUCAACGUAUGCUCGUUGAUGGAGCCAUUCUGCAAAUCACUGCAAAGAGGAGUUUGUCAUCUCCUGCUGAUGUAAAGUUUCUUUUCAAGGACCGAGUCAGAUGAUCAUCUGAACUCUGGAGUAAAGAACUAUUGCAGGCAGAACAGCACUGCUCAUAUGAGCAAGUUUCUUUUGGGCAUUGGAGACAAGUUGACAACAAAUUUAGAAAGUGCAGAAUGCAUUAUUGCCAUGUGUUUUAGAUAAGUUGAGGCCUCUAGAUUUUGUUGACCUUUGUAUGCAUGGAACUAAUCAAGUUAUCUGUGUUUCGUUAUA